AUGCUAUUUCUCGGUGGAGAUGAUUGGGUCGGCGACCUCAACCAGCAGGAUUUCAUACCCCUGCCACUACCAACAUCCAUGAGUCAGAAUGACUAUCUUCGGCAAUGGGUCCCAAGGACCAAUAGAUAUCUCAGCAUACUCCUUGAGCGAGAAGCUCCUGCUGACCGGUCUUGCAUCAUUUGUGGGUCCGAUGGUGUCUACAAAUGUCACAACUGCUUCGGACAGGAGCACCAGAGGCUGCCCUUCCAUCGGAUCAGUCAAUGGACCGGUGGUUUCUUCAAGGACUGUUGCCUGGUGAAGACUGGGCACGGCGGAAAUCCUUGCCCAUGCCAAGACUAUGGGGUCGAUGAUGCUGAUGAAGGAUUUUUUGCUGCCGCCGACACCGACACCGACACCGACACCGAGCAUGCGACGACACCAACCGCCAAUGCGUCAAAGAACAAUCACGAUCUGCCUACUGGAGUGCCAUUCAUAAAGAAUGACAAGACCAUGACGACAAUAGUGGACAAGUCUGGAUAUUGCAUGUGUGCCGAUGCUCCAAGCGCCGACCUACAGCUGUUUCGAUUAGGCUUGUUUCCUGCAUCCUUUACCCAACCAAAGACCGCUUUCACUUUUGAUGUAUUGGACGACUUCUUACUGGAUAAUUUGGAGUGCGGCACUAAGUUGAGGAGGAUGACAACCAAUGUUUUUCCGCAUUUGGUGCCGCUCAUGAGGGUGGCCAGGCAGUGGCGGCAACUGAAGCUGUUGAAAUGGAAUGGCUUCGGCCACGAGGAAAAAGACCCGGGAAUUAAUGUGACAUUGCCGACUGAAGAACAUCUGGAGACGCCGAGUUGGCUCUAUUCAAGAUCGCUGGUCAUGGAUGGCAACUUCAAAGCAGAGCAUAUGCAUGCGGCGAAUCCCAUUGAUGAAGUCCCCCUCAUGGAUGGACGCGGUUUCAUGGUCGGCGAUGGCAAAUACAAGGCGCAUCUGGCACUGGCAAAGGACGCCGUUCAACGGUCCGAGUGCAACAAUCACUGCGCAGUGAAUCAAGCCAAUGCAUCCCGUCACAGACUGGAGGCAACUGGCAUUGGCGGAUGUGCCUGUGCAAGGCAUGGCUGCUUCGUCCCGCAUGCAAUGGUGGAUUUUCAGAAGGGAGAAAGGUACGCAAUUAGCGGCAUCCGGCGCGCACUGACAUUUUAUGAUGUUAAUUGCCAGUACAAUAAGUAUCUAAAGGAUCGGGUAGCUGACAGCCCCUAUUUGCAAAUUCAAGAGCAGAUGGAGAUAAUCCCGGGGAUAGGUCUAUGGCAUGUUCAUGGCCACCAAGACAGCUGCUAUGUUCGCUAUGCUUCUAACUUUAUCGCCGGCGCCACCAGAAUUGACGGCGAGAUCAUGGAGACCCUUUGGGCGCCGUUGAACAUAAUCUCUCCUUCGGCACGGGGGAUGGGGACCCCUCACCGCAAGGAGUGCCUGGAUUACCAAAUGAAUGAUUGCAAUUUCAUGAAAAUGAUCAGGAUGAGCAAGGCCCUUUGCCGGAAAUUCAGGCAAGCUGUGAAAGGGCUCGCCAACAGUAGGGAAGCCUUUGAAAAGCUGGAUCAGAGUGCCGAUGAAAACAAUGUCAGGGACUGGGGGGAACAGGAGAGGCUGGCACAGGAACAGGCGUAG